AUGACGACAGAUCCCUCGCCAGGAUCCUCCUCGGCGAUGGACGUCGAGUCUGUCGCUGCGCUCAAAAUCAUACCUCCACCGAGAAGCCUCAUAGGCAAGGGCGAAGCGGCGACAGGCCUUCACCUCCUCCAUUAUGGAACGUUCUCCGAUCUCACUAUCACGUGUCAGAGCACUACAUUCAAAGUCCAUAAAUGCUAUCUGCUCGCCAGAGGUGGUAGUUUCUUUCAGACCGCUAUCUGCGGAGAAUUCGUCGAGGGCCACACAUCCGUCAUCGACCUUCCAGAGGAUGAUCCAGAUAUACUUGCAAGGCUACUUCUGUAUGUCUACGCGGGACAAUACGAGUUUGGGUGCCCUCAGGAGUCUGGAUCGCAACUCCCUGCGCUGCGCAACAUUUCAACCACCUUCAAAUUAGAUCUUCCUCAAGUCUUCGACAUCGUCAUGGUCCACAUCAAGAUCUUCGCAGCUGCCGUAAAAUACGACAUCACUCCCCUGCGAGACCAGGCCCGGAAAUGCUUCGUUCAUUCAUUCGGUCAGAGAGCUGAGCAAGUGUGCUUUGAUAAGUUCCCUCGUCUUCAGGAUCUCAUAUCUGCGGUCUACAAUACGACGCCUUCCCACGAGAGCGAGCUUAGAGACUUGUGUGUCAUCGAGGCCAUGCACGAAAGAGAGAACUGUAAGGAAUGCAGAGACGUCGGGAGCACUACUCUGCUGGACACUUUCGAGGCUGUACCGGAGUUCUGCGCGGAUAUGGCGUGCUGCUGGUGCGAUUCUCUGGAAGGACCGGCAUACAAUUGCACGUCAUGUGAAUUCAAUGUCAAUUGGAUCAUCAGACCAUGUGCGUGCAAACGAUGGCGCGGUAUCUGCACCAAGAAAGCUUGCGUUGAGGCCCGGACUGCUACGACGGUGUGCUGCGUAUGCGGCGCCAAAGGGAGUCUGAUCCGCACGAGGGAAGUCGCGAUGAUGACGGCGUGA